GCAGUUUUAUAUUACAUUGGGCGUACUGACGUUUAACAUACAGUUUGAAAUAGUUAACAACGGACGUAUUUAAUUGUCAUUCGUGAUCUUCGAAAAAGUCAGCAUGAUUUUAUUUGUUCUAUUAUUAAUUGGAUAUGUUACUCUUUCCGAUACAUCCUUCAUUUUCAAUAAUUACGAGGUACAAGAAAAUUUAGGAUGUAAUGAAAUCGAAAGCAAGUCUACUGUUCUUCAGCUAAAAAGACAUCUUUUCUGCGAAUACAUUAAAAGUAUCAGACCGGUGUCAAAUCAUAGAACGACGACAAACAUCGAAUUCGGAAUAAUUCCGAAAUUUAUCAAUGUUGAAGAUGACGAAAAUGUCAUGGAACUGCAUUGUUGGACAAUACUCAUGUGGGAGGAUGGCCAUCUCACUUGGGAACCAUCACAAUAUAACGAUGUCAACUUCCUUCACGUAAAAAGUAACGAAUUAUGGAUAUCGGAUGUCAUGAUGCAUAACUCUGGAUCCCAUGAAAACGAAAUACCAUUUACAAAUUGUUGGUUAUCCAACACGGGUAAAGUCAAAUGUGUAGCAACUACUAAAUAUAUAGUAAAAUGUCUUAGGGAUUAUACCUGGUGGCCUUACGACUUUCAAAAUUGUACGAUUCAAAUUGGUUCAUGGUCCUACUCCGAUGAGGAACUCCAGUUUGUUCUUAUAAAUACCGGGAUUAUUAUGAACGAAUUUCAAAAAAAUUUGGAAUGGGAAAUAGUACGAUCUUACGUUAUUACACACACGGAAUCUUACAAAUUUGGCUUUGACCUAACUUCUGCAAUGAUAUCUUUUCAUUUCAUUUUACGACGACAUUUUAACGCUAUACACGCUACUUAUUUGUCAUCAAUUAUCAUAUUAAUAAUAAUGACAUUGACGACUUUAUGGCUGAAUCCAAAAUCUACCGAACGAAUGAUACUUGCAAAUUUAAAUUUUAUAUGUCAUUUGUUGUUCUUAGAAGAAUUCUAUUGGCAAAUACAUGGUGGCGAUUCUACCAUGUUGAUGAAAUUCUUCAUGAAGUCACUCGCUCUAGCCUGUUUUACUCUUAUUAUAACUAGUAUUUUACGUCAUUUAUUAGAAUUAACAACAGAGACUCCAACAUGGAUCGCAACGAGAAUUUCUACCAUUGUAAAAAGUAAAAUAGGACGGAUUCUUCUUGUAAGUAUCUUAGAUCCUAAAGCAUCUGCAGAAUUGGAAACUGAAGCUGAAGAUAAUGCUAAUCUUGUAAUUUCAAAGAAAAAUGAAGUAACUUGGAAACAUGUUGUGAUGCUUAUUAGUUGGAUCAAUUUUCUUUGCAUUCUUUUUAUUUACAUCAUUUUGAUUAGUAUAUACUUUCCAACUCAAUCUUCUGGAUAUUCUUAUAACUUCAAUACUUAAAAUCUUUCUUAAGAUAAUUAUUUUCUUAAAAAUGGUAUAUAUGAACUAUAAGCUUAACUUUGACUGUGAUUUAAUGUGUUAAUAAAGCUAUUAUAAAAAUAUUAAUAACGUUAU